CAAAUUACUCUUUUGGGGAGCGCGCUUAGAGAGGCGACAGAACUUCGCGCGGGCUGCCCCAGCUCUCAGCACCACAUCAAACGGCUUCGAGCGGCAUCCCAUGUCGGUCAAAGGAACGAGAUUGACGAUCGGCAAAGCAUCGCUGGCUGUAGGUGCCGGUCUCUUAGGCCUGAGCCUGAUGAGCGUGAUGACGGCCGACGACGGGCCGCCGGACGCCGUCCUCGCGGAGAUGCAGUCAACGACUAAGGAGCUCGCCGAGAAGGUGGGCGGCGCGGUCGCGGGAGCAGGCGCGGCCGUCUUGGACUCCGCGAGGUCGUCACUGGGCGGCGUGCUGGAACUCGCCCCGAAGAAGACUAGGAUAGGCAAACACAAGAAGAAGAUCAAGUCAAAGUCCGCGGUGAAAAAGGCGCGCAAGAGGGAGGCAAAGGCUGCGGCUUCGGCGGCGGCGGUGGCGGCCGCGGCCGCGACGCCGCCCAAGAGAAAGACGCCCCCCGCGCGCGAGGGGGAGGCCCCGCCCGCGGCGGCCGCCGUGGGCAACGAGGGGGAGGAACAUGUCGAGAGCGUGCGGGGGCUGCUGGAUGGCGCCGCGCCCAAAGUCGUCGCGGAGAUGCUGCUCGUCAACGCGUGCUUCGAGAUCGCGUUCGCCCAGGCGAACCCGAAUCGCCCGGAGUCGGCGAGCUACACGCGCUACGAGGCCUACAAGAAGGCCAAGUGCGGAGCGGACGUCAUCGCGCUGGGCGGCAGCAAGAGCGACGUGCUGCACAACUACAAGAAGGGCUUCCUGCGCGUCGUGAAGUGCCCGGCCAUGAUCGGCUACGACCUCGACCGCGACGCCGUGUCCUCGGAGCGGGAGGAGGAGGGGGAGGAGGACGCGCCGCCGGAACCAACGAUGCUGGCGCGGCGCACCGCGCGCCGCGCCCAGAAGCGGGAGCUGUUCGUGGCCGAGUCAGCGACCGUCGACAACAAGAGGGCCAAACGCGUGGCCUGCGAGUGAGUGCCACUCCCACCGGGCGAAUCCCCUUCUUCCCCACCGCCGACUGAAGUAAUUCUAGAGUUACUUCAGUAAGACCCC